AGUAUAUUAGGGAGGCAUGCUACUCCUCUCUGUGCUAGUCGGAACUUCUGAUAAGUAUUCCACCCUGAGGCUUCCUGAAGACGUGUGGGAAACAAUUCUUUAUUAAAUGAUGAAAUGUAUCUAUGUUUUUUUUUAUGCUGUUGCUGGGCAGACAUCCACAGAUAGAAUGAUUGUGUAUGUAACUGAAAAAAAGGUGCUGCACAACAACUUGGGGUAUAUGACGGAAUGGAGAGCAGCCCCAGUAAGACAACACACAGAGGUUUCCAGGUAGCAGUGUAAGUGUGAUGUCUCCCGCUCUGAAUUCAGACUGGUUUUAGUAAACUUGUGGAAACAUACAACGUAUCUCUGACUGAGGAUUGUCCUUUGGGGUGCCAAAUAAAAAGAGUCGAUGAGAGGUGAGGAGUAAUGUAAGAGUUUAUGGACGGCCAGUGAAGUUUUCCUACCUCGACAAUCUGAAUAAAGAACAUGAUAGGAACAGAUUCUUACCUUUCCCCUCUCAUAGUUUAUUCCAGCACAACCUUUCUUCUUGUCACAUACUCAGGAACGAGUCAAACCUGUUCAACAAUUCAAAUCUCAGCAGGAAGUCAUUUAAGUAAACACCCCCUUCUGCUACUUUAUCAUGUUGUCACCUAGACUCAAAUGACAAGUGUGUGACACGGCAAUUACAAGUUGUUGCGAUCACUAACCAACACGGCUUCUUGACUUGCUUUCGGACCAUCAGGGCAAUGAGAUAACCCUUUCCAUCUUUAUCAUCUCAAAGGAAACACAGGUACAAGUGAAAAUGGAACAGAGGGAGCUUCAAGAGGACAGCACCAAAAACCCAAUGGAGGAGAUUACUGAGGAGCAGUUCCUCAAGAAUCUCUACCUUUUCAUGAAAAAGAGAGACACCCCAAUAGAGAGGAUCCCCAAUCUGGGCUUCAAACAAAUUGAUUUAUUUAUGAUGUUCAAGACUGUCAGUGACUUGGGAGGCUACCAUCAGGUGACUUCUCAUCAGCAGUGGAAACGGGUUUACAACACGCUGGGAGGAAACCCUCGAAGCACAAGUGCAGCCACCUGCACACGCAGGCACUAUGAAAAGUUGCUUUUGCCUUACGAGUGUCACUUGAAAGGCAUAUUAAUGACCAUGCCUCAACAUCAGUCAAGACCCAACCGCAACACCAAAGAUGACGAUGGGGGCCAGAGGCCAUCAAAAUACAGGCUGUUGUCAGUGCCACCGGGACCUCAAUAUUUCCAGAUGGAACCACAUGGGAAAAUCUACUCUCUGCCUCUCCACUACCACCCUUACUACGACCUAGCUCACCCAGUUCUACCGCCUUAUGGUCCUAUCCCUUCCUCUGUAAUACCACCACAUGCCUUCCCUGCUCCCAAGCUUCCACAAUUCCCAUUGGAUCUGCCUCAUCAGGAGCCGGUUACCAUGGUUAGAGAGCCUCUGGAUAAACUCCGCUCCCUGGCGGAGAAGUACAAGACCGCAUGCGGAUUGUCCCCCUCUGAACCCCUGAAUCUGAGUGUAAAAGCUUCAGCCCAAGGGUCUGACAUUAACCCUAUAUCAUCAUUCUCAUCACCUUCAUGCAGCAAGAAUCCAAAGUUUUUAAACAAACCCUCUACACUCUACACCUCUCAUCAUGCAGACGUAAUAAGUGAAGAAAAUGAGACACAGGUUGGUGAGUCAGGAGAAGGUGCACCGACCUUUUCUGAGUCUGAGAAAAAAAAUGAGACCCAUGACGCUGAUGUCCAAGCUCCAACACCCUCAGAUAGCCCGAUAUUCAUUUCUGCUCUGAUGCCUGAACCAGACAAAGACGUCUUUGAAACAACCGCAAAACCUUGGUCUCUGAGAGCAGACUUUCCAGUCCAGCCAGCAGAAGAUGGAAUAAUAAGAACAGAAGAAGAGGGUGUCAAUUUCAGUCAUGUUCUGAACAGGGUUUCUAAAGAAAAAGAAGGCAAGAUGGAAAUUGAAGUGCCACUGUCUGUGUUUCGUAACUGGCUCAAGUUGUACGGCUCUUCUGCAAAGCUGCCUGAAGCUAAAGAGCAUCUUGUCUCUGAUUAUGAAAAGCCCUUUGGAAAAACAAGCUUGUUUGAUGCGGAUAUUUUCCCGACCGACCUGACGUUACGUAGUCCUCAAAACCAGACCUCAGCUAAUAAACUGAGGCUAAGGGAUGGAUCAAGCCUCGUCCCAAACACCAAGCCAGAUAAUAACCAGGAUGGAAAAACUUCAGGUGCCUUUCUAAGAAAAGGGGAAACUGGCCAGAACAUCCAGCUACUUGAUCAACAGAAUAUCAACAAGUCAUACAAGCUCAGGCCAACAGAUUUCUGGGACUUUUAUACCAAAGAGAAUAGCACUGAAAACUCCAUGGCUCCCCACACUCCAAAUAAACCUGAUUCCAGUCCCCCCGGAGUGCGAGGCUUUGCCUCUAAAGUCUAUAUGGAAGACAUGAGGCAGAAAGGGAUGCCAAAAUUAGAAGUGGAGCCUUCAGCUGUGCUGAAGGUAAAUUCCAGCCCUGCAUCUGUGUUUCUGCUGUCCCCUGAUGAGAUGAUGAAGUUGCAGAACAUAAUUUCAAGUUCAUCGUGAUGCGGAGGGAAAGAUACCAACACCACAUUUAAGCUGCUUCCUAUUAUUAACUUAUCUAUUCAGUAUCCUUUUGAUGUUAAACAUCUUGUUAAACUGUAAGAUCUAUGUAAAGAAAAAAAAAAACGUCCCAUGAAGAAAAAACGGAAGGAUGG